CGAGUUGGAGUUGGAUCCGUGUUCUUUUUUCUGGCAAGACUGAGAAUUGUGCGCAUACAUCUGUUCUAGAUCCGUGGAUCUACUGGCUUGCACAAACACUAUCAAAGAUGUCGGUACUAGAACAGUGGGCGGAAGAAGAUUGUGCAAAAAAGACUUCCACUAUGAUAUGUUGCGGUAUGUCUACACGGAGACAGAAGAGCAUUGUAUAGUUGACUUGUUCAGAACAUGGAGCAAAACCCUCACCGCUGCCAGGGUUAUCAAUGCCAUUCCCAUUGAGGAGCACAAGGACAUAUUUGUUCUGUCUGCACGGCCAUUUGCUCAAAAAGCUGUCAAAGAGUUUGCUAAACAAAUUGGUGCUACUGCCAUUGAAGGAGACAACAGCAUUGAAACUUUUGCUGCUAAGCUGCACUCAUCGUCUAUUAAGCCUCGCCUCCUCAUUGUUGCUGAUUCCAAAACUGAUCGCAAGGCUGUCGCAGAAGCUUUCUACUCCAACAUCAGGAUACCUGUCAUUGCAUUUGCUGAUGUGGAUGCUUCAAUGCGCUAUGUUGACAUUGGUAUCCCUGGAAAUCUCACAAAUAAGCGCUGCAUUGCUCGUCUUUUCUGGCUGUUAGGAAAGACAGUUCGUCGGACGAGGAAUCAAAGGUGGAGGGUUCCGGUAUUAUCUAUUCUUGUUGUUGUUGUCAAGGUUUUAAAAGCUGAAAACUGAACUCGAGGUGGUAGAGCAAGUUGCCUCAAGGUGUAUGCCUCGAGGCGGAACGAGGCAUAAGCCUCAGUUCAACUUGAAAAAAAUAACAAUAAAAAAACUUUUCAGUGCAACAAAAUGCAUAAUCCAUAAUUAUGUCAAAUAAGUCAUAAAGUCAUGUAUAAGUUUUCAUUGAAACUAAAAAAGGGGUCAAAAUAAAAAGGCAAUAAGAUAAUCAUAAUUCAUGGUAUCAUUUUGAGACUACAAUUUGAGUUUCCCAAGUUUUGUACUUCAAAACUUAGACUAUCAUUGCUCAUUUCAGCAACAUCAUCCAUAUUUUCAAGGGAUUCGUCAAUUUCAUCUCCAUCAUCAGCAUCUGCAUCAUUAUUUCUAUCUGUGCCAUUUGUAACAUGUGCCCCUACAAGCCUAACUUGAAUUAUAUACAACUAAACAAUUGAAUUUAUUGCAAGCUCAUUCUUAAAAAAAAGUUAAUUGACCUUUGAAUUCAUUAUUCAUUUCAUCAACAUCCAGUGCAAGUUCAUCAUUUCCCAUGGUGUUGUCGUCAAUAACCCACAAUUUCCCAGCAAUACAAGUGAGUCCAAUACAAGCUUGUCAAUUUCUUUGUUUGCAAUUUCCCAGCACCUUUCCCCAAUUUCAUCAACAGUACUAUCCAGCAAUUGGAACAAAUAGUUUGCAUAUUUAAGUCAUCCGAUGAAUCAACGGAUCUUAAGACAACUGUCCCAAAUUGAUUAUUGACAACAAUUUUUAAAAGGCUUCAAUUUCUGAUGUCACUCCAACCAUUAGACAUAAUAGUCACUCCAGUAUGUGCCCAUGCCUUUUACACUCCUUCCACAACAUCGUUGGUUGCAUCAUACUCUGCUUUCAAUAUCUAUGUAUGGAGGUCAUGCAUAGAUAAUGGCUUAAAACCUGCUUCGUAAUUGCUGACAGAACGCAUCAUGCUAUAGUAAGAUGGAC